UAUUAUUGUCUUCAAAACCCAAUGCAAACUCUCUGUAAACUCUUCAAACUGUAGCAAAUUUAUAUAAACUUUGAUAUCUCAUGUUUCAAAUAGGUUUUAUAUAGAAUUAGUUAACAAAAACCAUAAUUAUGCCUUCACCACUGUCGGUGAUCGAAUCUUUGAGAAAAACAGAGAAAGGCCGAUUGAAAUACUAUAACGAAUGGACAGCAAAGGACUUAGCAAGUGAUAUUGCGUCGCCAAAAAUACGUCGAAGCACAGAAGGAAUUGUUUUUGAAGUGUCGUCGAUCCGAGCGGCCCUCGAAGCGAUUGAUGAUGACGCAAAUGUUCAUGCGGAAAAUGCUAUCGAUGAGGAGAAAACAAAAUCUCGACUUGAAAUGAGUAGGAAAGAAAAAGACCUGGAUGAAGGAUUUAGAGAUUUUAUUGAUGUUGAUGCGCCGCUUCGUCAGUAUGAAGCUGAAUUAGAGGAACAGAAACGAAGGGAAAAUAUUGAACAGAUUAAAAAACAGGAAGAAUUUUACGCUGAAAUUGAAAGAAAAACACAGGAAAGAGUCAGAAAUAGGAGAAAAGAAGAAUUGCAGAGAAAAUCUAGGGAAGAGGAGAGAAUGAAAAGAUUUUUCCAAGAAGCCGAGGAGAGUGCAUUGAGGAUUCGCCGUGAGAUGCAAGCGCACCAAGAUCAUAUUAUUAAAACUAGACAACAGGAAAUGGAAGAGAGAAAACUCAGACUUCAACUUUUGCAAAUGAAAAAGCAGAAAGAAGAUUUUGAAAAACUUGCGAACCACAUGAGAGGAAUUCAAAACGUACAAAAAGAUUGUUUGGAGAGGAUUAGAGAACUCCCACAAAACAUUGUUGCAGAAAUUGGGAAUAGUAGAAUUCCAAUUUUUGUCGGAAAUUUGAAUGAAAUUUAUAAUCGCUCAAAUUCAGUGUUCACUGAAGCAAAAAAUCGUGGAAAAACUGAUGAAAAUGAGAUUGUACGUCUUAAAUCGGAUUCGGAAAUGAUGACAAAUAUACGCAAAAAUAUUCUCAGUGAAAUUGACUUAGUUGGUUUACGAGUCAAAGAACUGGAAAUCCGAGCUGAAAAAGAGAAACAGGAACUGAUUUUGAGGCAAAAACGGGAAGCUGCACAGGCUGAAAAGCUUGCUGCUGAAUCGGCGAAGGCUAAGGCUGCUGCGUCAGCUGCUGCACAGGCUCCAACUCAAAGUUUAACAGAGCUGCACAAAAAUUUGAAAUCGAAAAUGACUGAGUACGAAUCAGAAGGACGGAAAUUAACAAAAUCAAGCGAUAGAAGCAUGAAACAACUAGCAAUGGGUUUAAGCAGAGCGGUCAGUGUUCCCAUAUCUUCGAUUACAGAUCGUUCUGGUUCCGAUUUGAAAAGCCGCCUUAAAAUCCUCGUGAACGUUAUAAAAACAAACCCUGUGACUUCGGGAACGCAGACAGUUUCAACGAAAGGAAACCCAGCAGCACAAAAAUUUGCGAUAAAUUUAAUCGCGCGUAAAAUUGUUUCGCAGGCGAACGAGCAAGUUUCAGCAAACUUUACGUCAGCGUUUAGUAUAGCUUUUAUGGUGAUCGGAAUCUGGGCUGAAUCGUCAGAUUUUGGGGAUUUAUUUUUAGCGCAUCUACAAUCAAAAUGCAUCUACUCUGUUCCUAUGUAUUUGUUAAAACAAGAUUCGCAGACUGAGGAAGAACAUCAAAAACUUUUGGGAUAUAUUGUGUCAGAAGAUGGCGCCGUAGAGCAACAAGAUAAAUAUUUACGACGAAUGUCUGGUUUAGUUCGACUUUACGCAGCAGUGAUACAAUCUCCGCUACCACCAGGGGUCAGUGUUCACCCACAUGGACUUGCAAAAGGUUGGGCCUGGCUGGCGGAAAUGUUAAAUAUGGAACCACAGCCAGACGUCUCUGCAACUGUUUUAUACGAUUUUUUGGAAGUUGCCGGUCACGCUCUAAUGAAGACGUAUAAAAUGCAAUUUGAGAAACUUUUAUAUGUUCUAUGUCACGAUUAUUUCCCCAAACUAGAAGAAAUAACAGGCGUCGGGCAUAGAGCGCCUUUAAUCCGACUAAAAAACUUUUUGGAAAAAUGCAUCAAAGAGAAAUCUGUCCCGAUGCCAAAAGGAAGGCUCGAUAAAGGGUUCUGGAACACGUACCACUCUGGAGAGGUAGUGGGAGAGUGAAGUUUACUUGUGAUAUACGGAAUGAGUUAGAGCAGGGGUGUACAAUCUGUGGGCCAAAUGCGGCCAACAAGGAGAACUUGAACCACCCGUGGAGGAGCGACACUUUUGAAUGGUCCGCAGCCAGCGAAAUGAGUUUUUAAUUUAAUCUAGUAUGCGAGAGUAAUUCCAUUGCGUCACAAUGCCUAUAUCUGAGCUUGUGCAAAGCGAACAACGCAUGUCACAAGAUCAAUAACCAAAAUUUUUGUGCUGCUGAAUGCUGAUACUAGAAAGCCUAUGUAAGGUGCGGCGCGGCCUGCAGUUUCAUCCAAAUAUUUGUAUCUGGACCUCGUGUAUUAAAGGUUGCACACCCCUGAGUUAGGGGGUUGGACUUAAUAAUCUUGGCAUCGGGGGGCGCAAGACUCAUGGCCCGCCCCACCUCACUCAGGAACUUCAUACAGAGCAAAUAAUUAUGCCAAUAAUAGAGGUCUUCAUUCGCCAUAAGAAAUUUCGCCGCUCAGGAAAAAUCACCAGAGCAUUUUGCUGAAAAAGAAGUAUUUGUGAGAAACAUUUAGGUUUAUAGGGUUAGUGUAUGCUCUGAAAUGACGAACCUUUUUUGAAUAAGGCAAGAUUUCCAACAGCGAAAUUUCCUGUAUCGAAGUCUUCAUGUAGGCCCAAAUAGACUUUACUUCAGCUACAGAGCGACUUUCACUACCGUCUGUAGCAGCAAACUAGUCACUGCAAAUACUUCCACAGAUUGAAAGUGACUCCACCUCCAUGCAUUCAUUUGGAGAAGGGAACUAGUUUACUAUUUCAAUUUCUUCCUUGAGCCGUUUUAUCACUUUGCCUCUACGCUGGAUAUCUAAAUGAAAAUUCACCACUUUUUAACAGGUCGGAUAAUCAUGUUAACUGUCUUCUGACUUUUAAAUUGUUUUAUUUUAUUUGAAUUUAUGUGAAAUAAUAUUUUUAAAUAUUUGUUGUGAUA